AUGGCAAAAUUAAGUUUUAACCUUCUACCUUUGUUAUUAAUAACUUUGGCUACUGUUAUUUCUGCCAAGGAACAUCAAAUUAUGGUUGGCCAGGGUGGAAUUGUUUUCGUUCCGUCAAAUAUUUCUGUGAACGUGGGUGAUGUUGUCAUAUUCACAUGGGCUUCUAGUCCGCACAGCGUUAUUCAAGAAGAUGAUUUUAAUAGUUGCAUACAAUCCAACACUAUACCAAAUCCUG